AUGACUGAUUCGACCAAAGGAAUUUUGGAGUCAUCAUCGGUAAUUCCAAAGAAAACUAGGGAUGUGCCGCCUCCUACCUACUCGGAUGUGGAGAAAUAUUUAUCCAGUUUACUUCAAAAUAUGCAGCGUGAAGAACCUUACACACUCAGUUUGAAUCCCGAUGUACUUUCAAAUUUAAAGUCUGGUCUACCAUCAGGUUCUAAGGAUGUUGUUACAUACACCCCUGCUGUUGACCAUUCCUCAAAGAGUUUUACAAGAGGUUUUAUGCUUGGACAAUUAUCUGUUAUCAUAAUAAUAGUUAUUUUUAUAAGGUUUUUCAUCUUUUCCGAAGCUGAACCUGCUAAUUCAGAUAAAAAGCGUGUUCACCCGAAGAUAUCGGGAUUUGGCUCAGUAACUUAUCAAAAGGAAAUAAAAGGGUUGGGAGAUACUUUUCAAAAUAUUAUUAACAGUAUAUUGGAAAAAACAUAUUACGAUGUUGAUAAUCAUCAACCGGAAUCACUUGAUUGGUUUAAUGUGCUCUUAGCUCAAUUUAUCAUGCAAGUAAGAAGGGAAGCUUUAAUCAAGGAUAAUAUAUAUCAUUCUUUGGACAAAGCCUUCAACGACUCAAGUCUCGCCGAAUACACAGAUAAAAUAAACAUAACGGAGGUGAAUAUAGGAAACGAUUUCCCUAUAUUAAGUAACUGCAGGAUAAUCAACUCGAAUGGGAGAAUUCAAGCAAAAAUAGAUGUUGAUGUGAGUGAUACUUUAACUUUAGCGGCUGAAACCAGUUUUUUAAUUAAUAGCCCUAAACCAAUGACAGCAAGCCUUCCUGUUCAGCUAAAAGUUUCAAUAGUGAGAUUUAGUGGUUGUCUAACGCUUUCACUUGUCUCUAUAUCGGAUAAUUCUAUACUUCCUAAAGAUAAAGUGAAGCUGACCCAAGCAGAAAAACAACAGGAACUGUUAUCACAAAUUCACGAGAUUAGUGAGAUUGACUCUGCUGGAGUGUCGAGUGAAGAGAGAAAAACAGCAGUCAUAUUUUCAUUCGCGCCAGAUUUCCGGCUAGAAUUUGACAUUAAGUCACUGAUCGGAUCUAAGGCAAAAUUGGAGGAUAUGCCAAGAAUUAGGUCUAUAAUAGAAAAUGCCCUUCGCAAAUGGUUGAUCGACCGUUACAUCGAGCCGCGAUUUCACUUAAUUAGAAUACCGGGUAUAUGGUCUUCACAGAAAAAGAAGAAAAGCGAAGCAACCCCAGAAAAGGCGACCAAAAGCACAAACCAAAUAUAG